GUUUAUGCUUAGCUUCGCUUUUGAUCGGAUGCGACUGUGGAUUAUCCCCGCGGAUUAGGACGGUUGUUGUGCAUGUGCUGUAAAGCCAUCUGUGAUGACUUGAUUGCAGAUCACCAGAGCAGCAAGAUCGCAUAGUGUCUGUGAUUUUGGUGUAUAACAAUUUACUAGAACUAAUUUAAUCGUUGUGAACAUAAUAACUAUAAGCUUCUUUCUAGGGGAGGGUCCAAGAACAGUUGAUUCCGACAUUCAAUAUCAAACUAAUCCCAACUAAACUAAACCGUCGGUGGAUUCGAAAUUUGAAAACGUGACGCGAAGUUGGAAAGAUUUUUCCUGCCGGGGAUGUGCAGUAGCAUGUCUUCAAAAGUAUGUGGGUUGAAAAAAUAACGCUCGCGCGCCAGAAGAGACGUGAUGUGUGUAUGAUGGAGUUUUGAUGAAGUGCUAGUAUGUGUUUUUUUCAUUUCGUCGUUUGUUGGUAAAUUUAGUUUUUUACAUACAUGUGAAUUUUAGCAAGAGUGGAAGAAAUUUGUUCUUCGCUGUGCCAACCUGAAAAGUUAUGCAAAAAAGUUGAAGUGCAUCACUACGGCCGUAGUCUGGCGAGAGAAUUGUAGUUCAAAGAACGAAAGAUAGUUUCAUUAGUGCCAAGCGUAAAUGAUGUGAUUUUGUGCUGAUUCAAAGACAACAACUUCCGGUAGCAUGGGUCGCCUGUAUUAGUAUCCGAAUUAGCAGCGCAGUAGCGCAGGACAUCGACGUAAGUGAAUGAAUGGCCAGCACUUUUGCGGAACCAACGACAACGAUAGUGGAAACAGGUCAUCAAGGAUACAGGUGGCGCUGGUGCGGUCACCAUUGGUGCUGACCGUCGUGGCAUGUUUCGGACCAUUAUGCCACCAUUCCGGCUGCAGGGCUCAUCCUAUCGAUCAGCCAACGGUGAGAGCAGCUGUGAAAACGACAGAGCGUCAAUCUCGGAAACGAUAGCAACAAAGGCAGCAACGUCAGCGGCGGUAGUCAAUUUAAUCAAAUUAACCCGGUUGACCCCGGUGAUACGUGGUUUAUGAAGGUUGAUCCGGUCCAACUUUAGUUACACUCGGUUAAAAUAGUUUCGAUACAACAAAAAAUAAAAUAAACUCACUCACUUAAAGGCUGGCAAGCGAGAAUUAAAGUGACGAAUGAAAGUUACGGGAAAAUUCAACUUUAAAUAACGAGAACAAAUUGCAAAAAUUGUACAUUAAGCUGUUGAUAGAGUAAACGAAAGUAACAGAUUGAAAGGUCAGUGAAAUGAAGUUUAAAUGCUAUGUAGCAGCAGUGGUGCUGCUGAACGUGCUUCAAAUUCUAGGAAUUCAUGCUGUGAGUUGGGAGGAAUGGUGGACCUACGAUGGAAUUUCAGGACCUGCCUUCUGGGGCCUUAUCAACCCGGAAUGGUCCCUGUGUAACAAAGGCCGCCGACAAUCACCGGUAAAUCUAGAACCGCAACGUUUGCUGUUCGAUCCGAAUUUAAGAUCUGUGCACAUCGACAAACACAGAAUCAGUGGUACGAUCGGCAACACCGGCCAUAGUGUGAUUUUCACAGUCAACAAUGAAACGGCAGGUUCCAACGGUGUACUGCAGAUUCCGGUGAACCUAACCGGAGGCCCUUUGUCGUACAGGUAUCGCUUCCAAGAGAUUCACAUACACUACGGUCUUCACGAUCAGUUUGGGUCGGAGCACAGCGUGGAAGGUUACACGUUUCCUGCAGAGAUUCAAAUUUUCGGCUACAACUCACAGUUGUAUACGAACUUCAGCGAUGCACUCUACAGAGCGCAAGGGAUCGUUGGGGUAGCGAUCCUUUUGCAGUUAGGAGAUCUUUCCAAUCCUGAACUUCGAAUGUUGACAGAUCAGCUGGAUAAAAUUCGGUACGGUGGGGAUGAGGCCUUGGUGAGAAGGUUGUCCGUUAGGGAUUUACUGCCAGACACGGAACAUUACAUGACCUACGAGGGUUCAACGACGGCACCGGCUUGUCACGAGACGGUGACGUGGAUUGUAAUGAAUAAACCCAUCUACAUCACGAAGCAGCAACUUCAUGCCCUGAGGCGAUUGAUGCAAGGUGGUCCAGAUCAUCCGAAAGCUCCGCUGGGAAACAAUUUCCGGCCUCCGCAACCGCUGCUGCAUCGUCCUGUUCGGACGAACAUUGACUUUCGAAACAAACAGGAAAAGGGGGGUAAAAUAUGUCCAACUAUGUACAAGGACUUUCACUAUAAAGCUAAUAGUUGGAAACACAACUAGACAUAAACAGCAAUCUGAGGAGGAAGAUUUUACCUUCGACGAGGACAGUCUGGUGACCUACGUCUAACUGAGAGUUUGUAGGAUGCCGACAGAGCAGAAAUUUAUCCAACAUGCUUCCAGUGUACAGAAAAAAUUAUAUCACAAACAAUUAGUGAAUGAGUAGAUAAAAUCAAAAAUAAAUUUAAAUUAAAGAGCAACAAAUUUAGUGGCGCUAAACUGGGUGGGUUGUAGCUAUUUAAGAACUGGACAACCAACAAUCAUUGAGUUGAAGCAUGUAACUUUUUUUUUUCUCAAAUUGGUUCGCUUGAAUUGCAUUGAUAAAGUUUGUGGGAAUUAAAAUGCAACAAAACUGAGUCAGUACUUGCAAGCUCUGCGAAAAAAAGUUGAUGAUCAAGCAGAAACCCGAGAGACAGUAUUUCCGGAGGUGGGAGAAGCGAAACUCUAUUAAAAGUUUGAAAUAAUUUGUAAAUAAUAUUAAUGUUACAAAUAAGCAAACAACCAAGGGUAGCAGAUGGUGCAGGAUGAUGCAACGUGGAACCGAGAAGAAACUGCAACCGUUCGGGAAAGGAUGGGUGGUUACGAGCUUAUAACAAAGCGUAGGAAAUAAAUUUUGUGCAAGGAAAAUUGUUAGAAUAAAAAAAACGAAGCGAAGGUGAUAGUGAAGUCGGGAAUUUUGCAGCAAAAAAAAAACGCAAACUGCAUACUGCACUGUUGGUCGGUGGCUGGCUCGAGGUGACUGGUUGGUGGGUGCGGUAUUUUUUGUCUUUCGUCAGACUCUUGCGCUGAAACAGGUUACCGGGCAGAGGGGGUAAACUAGUGAAUUAACAUCAUUGCAGUUUGAUGGAGAAAGAAUUGUGGGAAAGUGUCCCGAUGGCGAUGGGGGUGAUGUGAUGAGGUUCUGAGUCCUCAGGAGUCCUGGAGAAACGUAGGCAGGUUAUAUUUCACUGACGGGGUCUCCAGGUGACGGAUGAGUUGACAAGCGAGUGCAAAGUUUUCUGAUUGCUUUUGUUGAAGGUGAAUGAUGUUCAUAAUUAUGAUAAUGUCAUAAUAAUAUUGAAUUUUUAUUUAACUCUUGGGUAAUCUUCCAGAAGAAUCGACACCGGCAAACACUCAAUAGCUAGCAGUUUGAUUUUUGUUAAUUUAAAUGAGCAUGUUUAAUGGUAGGCAAAACUGUUAUGAAGCUGAAAAUGUUCAUUUUUUACAGGCAAACGCUUGUUUCCAUUUCAAUUCUGAGUUUAAGUGAACAACUCAAUCCUAUAAUAUGAUACCAGCUAUUCAUUGUUCGAUUCAUAAAUCUUCAAAUUGUAAUUGAUUAUUAGGAUGUAAGGCGAGUUACAGUAUAGUAUUGUGGGUAUUACUUAUCUUACACUAAACAGAAUAAUUUGCGAUAUUUCUUAUAUCCAUCCACUUCGUAAUUAUUUCUACUCCGUCCUUCGCUUUCUCUCUGGAUUUGCUGGGAUGCAAAGAGCCAUUUGAUAUUUUCUCCUAUUGACAAUAAGUGAAUUUACUACAGAGUAAUCAAUGAUCAUGAUUAAUUACUCCAAGAGCAACACCGGCAUUCCAUCGCAUCUCCAACUUCUCGAUGCCGUGCUUGUUUGAGGAUUUGUUUUUUGCCUCCAAAUAGGCUUCACAUUCAGCAAUUGAGUUUUCAUUUGAGUUGAAUUUCUUACCGGAGAGUUUUUUUAGAUAAGCGAAUAAAAUUAGACAGCAAAUAGCCUUUGGGGGCCAUAUCUGGGCUAUUUUUUGGAUGAGGAAGUAAUUCGAAGUGUAAUUCAUUGAAUUUAUCCCUAGUUGCCACCGAUUUGUGAAUCGGUGCAUUGUCUUGGUGAAACAGUGGUGUUAUUUUUUUCGACAUAUAAGUUCGUUUUCUCUUGAUCUUUGCAUUCAAAUGAUCUAACAACGCUAUGUACUGUUUGCUAUAGAUUUUUUUUUCCUUCGUAAAGAUAGUCCAUGAAGAUUAUACUAUGUGUAUCCUAAAAUACUAAAACCAUAACCUUCUCAGCCGACGGUUGUGCCUUUGGAUGCUUCGGACGUGGAUCACCGGCUGCAGUCCACCUAGAUGAUUAUCAUUUUUAUUCCGGAGUGAAAUGAUGGAUUCAUGUUUCAUUCAUUGUCACUUAGAGCUGCUGUGUGUCAUCAACUUUGAUGCAUAAUUUUAAACACUCUGCCUUCUGAUAUCUUUACGAGCUUAGCUAUCUCACACAAUGGCAAUUUACCACUAGAUAUAACCAAUUAUAUUGCUGAAUCACGCAAAAAAAAUGAAGAGAAUUGCAUAGCUGAGUGCUCCGUAAUGGUCUCGGAAAAACGUAUAAUUACUGAGACUCUCGGCAAUCCUUAAUUUGUUAACUGUCAAUUAUUGCCGAUCUUGACAACAUCGAUUUUCCUGUUAGCUCGGCAAACGUGAUCAGGAUUGUAUCAUGAAAAACUUUUCACAAUUUCACGAAAUAUAAAAAUCUUAUUUCUUUAAUUCAAUUUAUAUGUUAUUCAGCUCCACGAGUAAUGGCGACGACAAGAGAUAUUAGAUGACAAGUAUCUCACCGAGAUUCAGUAAAAGCUAACAUACUGUUCGAAAUCUCGGCAAAUGGAUUUACUGAUUGAGGUAUAUUUGUUAUUUACUGACGAGUUCAGUAUAAUUUCGGUAAAGAGUAUGUGGAUUAUUAAACUAUCGUCGUGUUGUUCUAAUUCGGCAUUUCAUUAUGCCGAGCUCGAGAAUCGGUUUCAAGUGUGUAUGUUUUUUUUCGGUAGAGCAGAGGCCGUAUAACAAUUUGAAGCCAUUGCUGAGCUUGUACCGUAUAUUUUCAUCAUCAAGCAAUGAUAAAUUAAUACACGAAAUUGUUUUUAAUUUAAUGUUUUGAAAAUUACAAAAACAAUGUCAUGAAAUUUCACACAUAGUGUUUCGAAAGUUGGUGCUAAACGCCAUAAGGAUUUAACAAUGAUAACACCAUCACUUAUUGAGUGAUGUAUCGUACUUUAGCUUAAGUACAUCGCUUAAGUACCAGAAGUGGGGAAGUUCAAUCUAGAAUGAUUUACACAAUUAAUCAUAUAUUUAGAGUGAUUAUCGAUAUUUGAAAGUGUGAUAGAUGUGCAGAAAUACCGUCUAAAAAUGUUUUUUUCGGUUCCAUAUUGACAAACUCACUCACUAUGUGGUUACAUUGCAUUAUGCCGUUUUGCUUCUUGAUGAAACGGUGAACAUUUCUUUUAACGUCUCGCUAUAUCUUUUGACUUCUGCCGCCGUUUAUGUGGUCAACUCAGCAUCUCCGAAGCAUUUUGAUUCACUUUUUCGGUCUUUUCUGUUUCCGCUUAGCAAUUGCCCCGAUCGGGUGGAAGUGAGUGAAAUCGGAUAGGUUUGGUCCUUUUCGAUGGAGUUAACUUAUGUGCCAUGGUACCACUGUAGUGUCUUUGGCUUGUAGUGGCAGCUAGCCAAAAAGUUACAGACCCGAUGUGUGCUUUGAUGGAUGGUUGAAUGCUUCUUCUAAGAGCUACGAUUUCAUAACUAAGACAAUAACUUACAAUACUUUACUAUGGGGUGCCUAUUGAAAAUUUCCUUUUGUGAGAAUGAUGAGUGUUGCCAAAACUUGUUUCAAAAAUUUACCUUUUUCCAUUGCAAUAGAAAGUGUAAUAAAUAAACUGAUUGUAAUUCUACUUCUACUUAAAGUGAAUUCUAGUUUAUUUUGCAUGUGGAGACGUGUGAUUCGCAUUACGAAACGUAUGUUGUAUUGAUAUAGACAGGUUCAUGAAGUCUUUGCACCAUCUCCGAUCUUUUGUAUGUUAAAUUGAUGAUUACAAGGAACAUAUGAUCCUGGAUAUUGGACUCCCGGUGACAGGAAUGGUGUAGUCGGUGAGAUUGUUAAAAUUUUCUAACGGAAAAAUACAAUAUAGCAAUAGCCUUUUCAUUAGCUAUUUAUAGCUAAUAAAUUCAAAUGUUUUGCCUAAUACAAAAUACAGGGUCCGUCAUGUAACCUUUUUUUAAACAUACAAUAAAACACAAACGGUUCAUCCGAUUUCAAAAUUUAUUUUUUCAUAUCAAAGUACAAUACUUCCGGUUAAUUGUGGAAUAUAAUUUCAUUCAAAUGGCUGCCUCGGCUGGCCUUGCAGUACGCCAUACGGUCGGUCAAAUUUUUUAGUACAUUUUCGAUUGUAUGUAGCUUGAUUUCAGCUAUGGCUGCACGAAUGUUGUCCUUCAAGGCUUGAAUUGUCUCUGGCUUGUCCACAUAAAACCUAUCUUUGACAGCCCCUCAAAGAUAAUAGUCUAACGGCGUCAAAUCACAGCUCCGAGGCGGCCAAACGACAUCCGAAUUUCGACUGAUAAUUCGAUCUUCGAAGACUGUGCGCAGAAGAUCGAUCGUAGCGUUGGCUGCGUGGCACGGAGCGCCGUCUUGUUAGAAUCAAAUGGUGUCCAAGUCUUCCUCUUCAAGUAACGGGAAGAAUCAAUCGCUAAUCAUGGCGCGGUAGCGCUCGCCAUUGACCGUGUCGGCGGCUCCCACCUCAUUUUCGAAGAAAAAUGGCCCAAUGAUGCCGCCAGACCAAAAUCCGCACCAAACCAUCACUCUAUGAGGAUGCAUCGGUUUCUCCAUGAUAACGUGCGGUUUUCCGUCCCACAGAUGCAACAAUUUUGUUUAUUAACAUACCCUCUGAGAUGAAAAUGUGCCUAAUCCGAGAAGAUGAUUUUUUGGCACACAUUCCGCAACAUUACCAUGAUUUUCAAAGUAAAACUGCACUAUUUUCACGCGUUCCUCAAGCGUAUACACAACCAUUUUCGUUCAGCGGAAGGAUGAAACUAAGUUUCUGUCAAAUCAGAAGUGACAUUAAUGUUACCAAUGUCGAAAUAACCGCUGGUUUGAAAAAAUGUUAGAUGGCGGACUCUGUAUCAUUUGAGCAACAAUUUGUAACUUUUUCGUGUUAAAAUAUUAAGAAAUAAGUCGGUGAUACAGUAUUUUCGAGGACGCGUCUUGAAAGUCAUUAUUUGCGGUGCCCACCGUAUGAAUGAACAGAUAAAAAAAAAAUCAAAGCAACAUCCUACUUUGAUCAAAAAGUUUCCGGAACCACCACCGUGUGGCGUUCUUAAUCACCCGAUUAGAUCUGUCACUGAUUUUCUAUCAAAUUUUCAGCUUAAUACCUGGACAUUUGUAAAAGUUACACUGUAUUGAGUACAUCUGCGAUUGUGUGUACUCGAUUUUGUACAAUUCCAAAAUGAAAUUAAAUUGAAUUUUGAAUAAAAUUUUUAAUAAAACAACGAGUUGCAUUAAAUUUUAAAUUUUGCGUUAAAAACGGUUUCAAUUUUGCGACGGAGUCGUUCAUCAGUGGCACGAACGUUUCAGAAGUUGGUGUGAGUCUGUGAGUGAUGAUGAGAGAAGUGGUAGGCCAUCGACAUCGAAGAAGGCAUGCGUGAAACAAUUCGCCGAAAAAGACCAGAUUUGUGGGCAAACAACUCGUGGGUCUUGCAUCACGAUAACGCAUCGUCACACAAUUCCAUACUUAUCCGUGAACAUUUAGAUAAAAACGAAACGAAUACCAUUCAGCAACCACCGAAUUCACCUGAUUUGGCUCCCUGCGAUUUUUUUUUCUUAUUCGGUCGACUCAAGAAAAUCACUCCGCGGAACGCGAUUCUACACCCGGGAUGAGAUUAUGGAAAACUUGCAAACGGCUUUGAUGGCUAUACCGAAAACUGAAUAUAAAAAAUGUUUCGAGGAUUGGAUCAAGCGCUGGCAUAAGUGUUUUGCAUUCGAUGGGAAGUUUGAAGGGGACAAUAUCGGUUUUGAUGAAUGAUCUAUUAUUUUAAAUUUUCUAAAUAAAUUUCGGGAACUUCUCGAUCAAGGUAAUAGUUGUAGUAGAUGUUUCUCUAGACCCCUAUGUUUGAAUAGGAUUUUUUAGAUUUUUUUUUUAAUUUUUGGUGGUUUAAAGUCAACACUGUGAUUUUUCGAUGGGUUUGAAAAUUUGAAAAAAUAUUAUGGAAAAAAUAAAUAAAAAUAAAAUAAAUCCAAAGAAAAAAUAAAUUUUUUUUCAAAAGUAUUAGAACCUACUCGCCUCUUAAUAGGGUUAAGUUCCAGUGUUAUCCCGGGUUGGCGGUUCAAUGCAUAGGGCACUGGUCAAACAAACCAGUUGUCGUAUGUUCGAGCUUCGACCUGGAAGGGUUCGUAGUGUCAGUAGGAUCGUAGCACCAGCCAUGCAAUGGUUCUGUACACUCUGAAUCGGCUGCGAAGUCUGUUGAAACAGAAGGUCAAAUUCCACUACAGGAAUGUAAUACCAAGGCUUUUUUACAGUGAAUUUGGUCGAUCCAUAUCUUUUGACACAAAUUGACUCCGUUAAUUCGAUACCACUCGAACACGUUUCGAGCGAAGUGGCAUCGUUGUGAAUGGCAGAAAGACGCUGCUAAUACACUAUUUCGUGUAAAUCUCAUCUUUGAUUGUCCCGGAAGAAAAGGAGAAAGCGUUAACAUCACCCCAUCCGUAAAUCGCUUGCCAAAUCAGGAGCAUCUUUGCCAAUUUCGACCAUUUCUAGGCUUGGCAACAAAAUUUUCUUCUUCGGGAAGUCGGCCAUAGCGUAUGUUUCGUCAUCUAUCACAAUUAUACGAUUUGAUGAGCAACUUCGUUCGCUUGUCAUUUCGAUUUGUGGCUUUUUGCACCUGCUAUAAGUAUCACGUUUUAUAGCUUUUCUGCACAAACCUAUUUAGGACUUUUCAGCGGCAUCUCAAAUGGACAUGUUGGGGUGUUGCUUGAACUGUUGCACCGUGUUCCUGCCCAUUUUACUGUCCAUUCGUUCACUUUCACGGCCACUUCUUUUGCUCCUUCUGGUACUUAGACGCUUCUAUACUUGCAAUGUCAAGCUUUUUGCAGAUCCAUUGGCGGGACACAUCUGAAUUUUGAUAGUUGGCGCACAAUGUUUUCCCAACAUUCACUUCUUGAUCCGUUGGCAUGACUGGAAUUAAUGUGUAAAUCAUAAUCAUAAAACGUGACAGAUAUUAACAGUACUCUAUGAAUAACAUUUACUCAAAUUUUCAGGUUUUUGUCUUUCUCACAGAGAGAUGCUAAAAAAUCACUGGGUAAACCGACUUUUAAUCUGCGGUCUGGUGGCUUGAAUGUCAUACACCAUUUGACGAGAUCACAAAUAUAAACGAGAUCACGAACUUUUGUCGUUUUCGAUUGAGAAAACUUAAACUGACCCAGGGUAGUUUCAUCAAACAAGCACUUUUCCCGAAACUGUGUAUGGUUUGCACUUCGAAACCGGGUUCGAAACUGACUGGAUUUUCGGUUAAAUGACGUUCGAAACUGAUUUCGAACAAACGGUUUGACAGCAGUUAGAACGGAAAUUGGGUUAAGUUUGGUAUCAAGCGAAAACGUCAUUAUAUUUGCAUGAAAGGUCUCGUAACUCCAUAGCAUGCUAUGAAAAUUAUCCGAAUCAAACUUUCGUUUCUGUAGUGACGAGGCUCAAUGUGCUUUUAGCAGAACAAUUAUGUUCGAUUUUCUCAAAGACCACUUAAUGGAUUUUUACAAGUUUUUGAAAUGAUAACCAAUGUUGCACACAUUAUUCGUGUAGCUAAUUCAUUCAUUCAUCUUCAGUGCGACCUGUCUUAUAUAAAUAUUGUUCACCGCACAAAAGAGCGAAGCGUGAAAAUGAAUAAGCAAUACUGGUGGAAAACCCAAAUCUACAAAUACAGUCUUUGUUCUUGGGAUACAUCGUGCAUGUUCGUUUUAUACAUUCGUUCGUUACUCGUCUAUUUUCUCCACUUCUCGACUUGACUCGUAUAUCGGUAUAGCGAUGAUCAUUGGAAUUUAUUCUUCGCGCAGCAUUCUACAUCCUAUUCAGCAAUGGGAGAGUGCACAGUGGUCCGAAACGGGAAAUUAGCGUAACAAAAAUAUUUUCCCUGUUAAAUAUCAGUUUUUUGUAGUUGGUGUCUUCACAAAAGUUGUUUGUAAUCAAAUGGCGCUCCUUUUGAUUAAAAAAGUUACUAGGGUGAUUCUUAUUUAGAUUGAAAUCUGAAAUCUAACUUUCUUAAUUGAACUCAAAAACUCCAACUUUUUUUUAAACGUUCCACCGAAAAGUUGUCAUUAGAAGAGUUGUUUUUUCAUCAAAUAUCAUAUAUUCAUUAGAUGCCAGAUCGAUAAAAAUGUAUCCUAUGCGGUUCCUGAAAGGUCAUAAUAUAAGUAAAAAUUUAAGAGAAAAUUGGAAGGGUGUUAUUUUUUUAACUUAUUUAAAUUAGUUUUAAAAAUACCUUUAAAAAACUCAAAAACAUUGCAUAACUCUUAAACGCCUUGACGAAAAUCAUUAGUUUGUUAAAAUGAGUAGAAUGUAUUUAUUCGAACCAAAACUCAUUGUGCAUCGUUUUCCGGCUUUUACAGGCUAUUCGGUACACAAGUGGAUGAGAAAGAAGGGUCAGUGUCAUAGGCUCUUAGCACGAUGUGGAUAAAAAUAUUUGCAUUUUACUAACUUGCACCAGCUUGUUGGAAUGGUUGUCGAGAUCAUGAAAAUUUCUAUUCAUAAAUUUAUCAUGGUUAACUAGUUCAUGAUAACCAUAUUAAACAGUAUCUCUAAUCCUCAGUUGCUCAAACUCAAUUGAAGUAGUUAUAUUGGUAAUAAAUGAAUUAAAAUUGUUAUGCAAUCUAUUUUCGGCUGUAGUUUUUGGUGUCUCAUUUCUCGAAAGGAAAUGUAUGAAACAUUUGUAGAAUCAAUUUGAUACUAAUGCUUUGCUGAAGAAAGUAUGUUGAUACGUUAAGGCGUUUAAGAGUUAUCAGGAACCGCAUAGGAUUUAUUUUUAUCGAUCUGGCAUCUAAUGAUAUUUGAAGCCUGACUAGUUUUUGAUGAAAAAAUAAUCAUAACUUUUUACUGGUAGCUCAUAUGAAAAAGUUUGGUUGUGCAAAAUUGUGAACAAUGAUUAGUUCAACAACUCUUCUAAUGACAACUUUUCGGUGGAACGUUUCACAAAAAGUUGGAACAAAACAAGUGAUAUUUCAGGAGUCACCCUACUUUUACUCGGGAAAAUUUAUGUAACUUGAUCAAAUGAAGAGCUAGAGAGGUGUGUUUUUUCAGCGAAGUUGCCCGCAAUAAAAUUUCCUACAGCUUUAUUGUGCAACAAAAUCAUUUUUGAGUGCAACUAAGAAAGUUAGAUUUCAGAUUUCAAUCUAAAUAAGAACCACCCUAGUAACUUUUUUAAUCAAAAGGAGCGUCAUUUGAUUACAAACAACUUUUGUGAAGACACCAACUACAAAAAACUAAUAUUUUAUAGUGAAAAUAUUUUUAUCACGCUAAUUUCCCGUUUCGGACCAUAGGGGAGUGGUAGGAUAAGGUACAACACGCUCGCAUAAAACUAUGGUACUAAUACAGAUGAAAAUGUCUUAAUUUGCUUGCUUCGAAGACAUCACGAACGAUCAUCGAGAAUUGAGUUUUGACGAUUAGCACUGCAUGAAUAUUCGUUCCUCAUUCACUUACAGUCAUUCGGGGGUUUAUUUUAUGCGAAUAUCAACUGUAAAGAAUAGGCUUUCAUGCGAGUAGCGAAGCAGCGUCGGCUUCGCUCGCACUUGAAUGUACGAACAAGCCCGAAUAUCGGAGCGACUAUCGAGCAAUGAAAGCGAACGGUUAUCAUUGACGUUCGUUGCAUUUUUGAUAUUCAAGCAACAUUGGAUAGCUUGUUAAUGAAUUUUAUGAAGAUCCGACUUUCAGUUCCUGUGCAACGGGGUAUGUUGUGCAAAAUAAAAAGAAAGAAAAGCACUCGAUUUUCUCAGCGAUCACUGAACCGAUUUUCACAAUUUUUAAUUCAGAUGAAUAGUCUUACAAUCACACGGAACGAUACUCAGUUUUAUGAAGAGACAACUUUCCACUUCAGAAUUACAGGUGUGUUUCUAUACAGGGGGCUGAGGUAACAAGAAAAAUCCUCUGCAUUAGCCAUAUAAUUCUUGGAUUUAUGGUUUAAAAAUUUGAUUUAAUGGUCUUCUGAUUUAGUUUUGAGCCAGUGGGAUUAGAAGGACUCGAAAAUUUAAGGCUAGGUCGAAGAGGUCAGAUAUAAUUCUGGAUAGGUUCAAUUACAUUCUAAAUGUUUGAGAUAUAUGGAAUUUGGAAGCAUUUUUGACAUUCAUUUGAUAUUGCCUUCGUCAACAAUAUCCUGUUUUUGAUUCUAGGCGUCGAAAUCGGUCAAAAUUAAACUAAUCUUUAUUAGUGGUUUUGUUUGCACGUUUUUACUACGGAAUUUAUAAUGUUCUUGUCGCUAUCCAUAAUUCCAGUGUUCAGAAUUGUCUGUUUUUAUUUCUGCAAUGUUGUCAAAACUAACACGGACUUUCUUACAUGCUUUAUACAUGGAAGCUUUGAAAUGUUUAACUUUCUAAGCGAAUACUAAAAACUCUAAUCGGCUUGCCGCUGCAGAAAACAAAGUUUUGGAAAUUUUGCUGGAGAACAAAUUCCACGAAAAUGUACCGCUAGACUACUUUGAGAUCAACUCAAGCGGUUGCACUCGACUCUAAAGCGUAAAGUUACCCGCGAUGAAUUUUUAAAACCCCCUUUUAUCUAAUUCCUACCACGAACUGCCCCGGUGGCAACCAAACCUGCUGUAGCACACUGGCAGCUGUAACAAUCAAGUUUUUCACUCACCUCAAGAAAAGUGAGUCAACAUCCAUCCGCUCGCCAUGUUUGAUAAAUCGCGUUACAGAAAGAAAAGUUGUUUGCAUUGUCGCUUCGAGGGGUUUUCUGUUAUUUCUUUCUCUCGGUUUGCAUUUUUCACUGCUUGAUACAGUUUUUUCUCGGUUUAGCUGCAAUCCACCAUCAACGCCUAGAAAAACUGUUGCCAUUGGGCUACAAGUGCAACUUUGUUUCCAUCAACCCACACGACGUGAUAAUUGAGCCAUGCUUCACUCGCUUCGGCUUAAAUCCGGUUCGGAUUGUUCGCCGCUAGGUGGAGCUGACGGUUGACAGGGAGCGCCAUUAAUCAGAACGGUCGUCUCAAUGAAUGUCACCGCAAUGAACUGACCGGGUUCGGGACAAUUGAAAUUUUGGACAUUGGCCAUCGCACUCCCUUCCUCCUAAGUACGGAUGCGAUCAUCAAUCAAAUUCAGCCAGCCAGCCAGCCAGCCAGUGGUGAGGAUAAAAGGAGCCCAGACAGAGGAUUGCUUUUGAUUAAGUUUUUCGUCCACAUCAGUUCGUUUAUGGAUGUUUGUUCGGAUUUUCGCCUAAAUUGUGUAGCUGAAUAAAAUAAAGCAUCAACAUAUCAACCGUUGUUGUCAGCCUUGAAAGACUUUGAGUGAGGGCCGAAAUUUCCUAGAUUAUUAGACUAUAAACUGUAUGCAUUUGAGUGGUUUAACGAAAAUCUGCAGAAACUCAGGUCAAUGUGAAAUCAUGUUCUUGCGUGAGGAUGCUAGUGUUAAGCUGUUAUUUUUUAUGGUAACUUAAUUGUAAUUACUUCUAGAGCUUAGUUCAAUUAGUAAAUAUGCAACUGGAAGACGAGAGAAGCUGUCUAAAAAAUCAAAACUACUGGCCAAAAGCUUUAGUUGUCGGAGAUUCGUUCCAGUUGGAAUUUUGUGCAUAGAAGGGGAAAGUCUGUUUAAAUAGUAUACUAAACUAAUUGCUAAGAGGAAAUGUAAAGUAAAAUCUAAUAAAUUCUAGGCACUAAAAAUGUGUAAAUAUCAUACAUACAAGGAGCCCAUCCUGAUUCUAAGCAAAAUACCAUAUCUCCUGAUACGAGCAAAAUGAACUGCUAUAGCAAAUUGCUCGGUAUUGUUGGCUGUUUCAUUAAAAAAAAUGUUCAAACCAUGCGGGCGAAAAUGCAUUAAUCAAACUUAUGAACAAUUAUUAAUACUAAAAAAACACGAGGUCAAUACGUGAAGUCAAUAACAAGAUAGGUUAUUCGAUGCUGAUAUCAUCUAUACACAUACAUAUUAUUGGUUACAUAUCUCAUAUUCGUUUAUCAAAAAUCAAGAAUCAAGAUUUGUAUGGAAGAAUAUUACACAAUUGACAACAUACAAGGCUACUACCAAUUCCUAAGCAAAGUAUAUAGGCGAAAUUGAAAGUUUGCUAAAAUGCAAUUAUUAUUGAUUAAUGGAAUGCUUGGCUGAACGUGGCGAUACGCACGAAUACAAUACAAUGUACACUUACUUGCAAACAUACAGGCAAAAUCCGAGUGUAUUGUAAUUUAUACGGAUAAAGGUGAAGAAAGUAUAUAUAUAAAGAACUGUUUAAAUAAAAAGCAACAUUGCUAUUGAAAA